AACGGCCGAAAUUAAUAAUAUAUCCGUAAUCCAAGAUUAGAUUCGAUCGCAGAUAUUUGCAUAUCUAUGGAUCGAUCUCCUAUCCGCGUCCCAAUAACGAAAAGUGACAAACCAUCGCUAAGAUAUCCGGAGAUAUCAAGAUAUCCGUAGAUAACUUUUCCCUCUUUGACCAUUCCGUUUUAUGCAAAACCAAUACUUGAAUGCAUCGUUUAUUUCUAACUUAAAUUUCAAAAAUAAGUAUUACACGUAUCUAUAAUAAUUAUUUGGUACCUACUUUUUACUUUUGAUGUAUUUAUUGGGCUCUUAGAGUUUUAUACAGAUUAUAUUAUUACUGAUUAUUACCAAUUUUAAAUGUGAUAAAUCCUAAAAGAUCUGUUAAAACGGAACGUCACGCCUGCCUGUGCCCUGUUUUUGACAGAUGACAUGCCCGCCAAAACGCCUUCUACUGACGCAGGACGCUCUUUUUUCGCUGUAUUGGUUCCGACGAUAUCUGUUCAUAACUUUUAUAUAAACUUGCUGAUCAUUUUGUUAAAUUAUAUUCAUUGAUUUACAUAGAUUUUGUUAAAUAACAAUGGACUCUGAAGUGGUUCGAGGCAAACCUCUGACGAAGGAUGAGACAAAAUUAUUGCUGGGCUUAAUUGAGAGCAGCCCAAUAAUUUUGUCUAAAACAACAAACGCCGCCAGCAACAAGAUGAAAAAUGAGGAGUGGGUCAGCCUGACACACAAAUUUAAUGCCACUGCCUCUGUUUGUCGUCGAUCACCCCAGCAGCUGCGUUUAAAGUGGGAAAAUUUAAAGAAACUUGCUCGUAAACGCAGCACAAAAAUUAGGAUGAAUCGCAUCCAAACUGGCGGUGGCAUUCCAGAAUACAUUCCCCCGGAUGACAUUCUGGACAGAGUGGCUGAUUUACUGGGGAGUACUGCAAGCGGCUUUGUUGUGCAAUUUGGUGGUGACAAAGAGGAAGGAGUUUUUGUUUGUGCUGGUGCUGGUGAUGGUGGUGGUGGUGGUGAUGGUGAUGAUACUUGCGAUGGGGCUGGGCAGGCUAGGGUGCUGCCGGUGGAAUCAAUACCAGUGUUGGUAGACACAGGUAUUGGUACUACCAUGCCAGUAACCGUAUAUGAUACAAAUAGUACUUCAUUUCCAUUAUCUAUAGUUAAUGGUAGUCUUAUAUCAGAAAAAACUAUAGAUAAUGCCACUAAUCAUGAAGCUAGUAAACUACACACACCCAAGAGGCUUACAUUGAGUUCGCCUAGAAUAGGUAAGAAGAAACUCAAAAGUACGGAUGGCAGCAGUUCUGCUCGAAAUUUUGCAAUAGCAGAAUAUUAUACUGCCAAAAAACAAUGCUUAGAUGCUAAGAAAGAAUUCAUUUUAUUACAGAAUGAAAAAUUAAAAUUAGAAAUUGAAAAACUUAGAGGUGGUCAAUGAAAACCAAAUCACCUUCUCAAUUUUUCAUUUUCUAUUUUUUUUUAAUUCUGUAAUAAUAUUAUUAUGAUAGCAUCUAAUCAUAGUUUUUUGGUAGCAUACAGAUGGUGUAUGAAUUCAUUUUUAUUUCUAUGUGAAUAAAAAAUAAAAUAUUUCAAUACUAUA